AUGGAGCCCAAUGGCAGCAGCCCCGGGCCGGGGAACACCAGCCACCCCAAGGAUCUCUUCGCCGGCCUGGAGCUGCUGCUGCACUUCAAGCCGCUGUUCAUCCCCCUCUACUGCCUCCUGGUGGCCGUGGCCUGCCUGGGCAACGCCUUCCUGGUGGGCUGCAUCGCCGCCAACAAGAAGCUGCACAACGCCACCAACUUCUUCCUGGGCAACCUGUCGCUGGGCGACCUGCUGAUGUGCCUGACCUGCGUGCCUCUGACGGCCUCCUACGCCUUCGAGGGGCGGGGCUGGCUCUUCGGGCGCGCCAUGUGCCACGCCGUGGCCCUGCUGCAGGCCGCCACCGUCUACGUCUCAGUGCUCUCGCUGGCGGCCAUCGCCGUGGACCGCUACGUGGUGGUGGCCUACCCCGUGCAGCGGCGCAUCGCCCUGCGCUACUGCGGCCUGGUGGUGGCCACCAUCUGGGCCCUGGCCCUGGCCCUGGCCGCCCCACCCGCCUGGCACACCAGUUACGUGGAUCUGCGGCCCAUCGGACACGACUUGAUCAUCUGCGAGGAGUUCUGGAGGCACAUGGAGAGGCAGAGGCUGGCCUACUCCUGCGCCAUGCUCCUCCUCUCCUACGUGGUGCCCCUCCUGGCCGUCACUGUCUCCUACUGCUUCAUCUCGGCCCACCUUCGCCGGAGGAGCCUGCCCGGCUCGGCCAACCUCAGCCAGGCCCGGUGGGACAAGAAGAAGCGCAAGACCUUCCUGUUGCUGGUGGUUUCUGUCCUGGUCUUUGCCGUGUGCUGGUUGCCCUUGCAGGUCCUCAACCUCCUCCGGGACCUGGACCCCGAUUUCACCCUCCUGGGCAAGCGCUACAUCAACCUGGCCCAGGUCUCCUGCCACCUGGUCGCCAUGAGCUCGGCCUGCUACAACCCCUUCAUCUACGCCUCGCUGCACCGCAAGUGCCGAGCCCACCUGCGCGGCUACGUCCGGCACAGGCAGCGGCACAACGGGCAGUGCGCCCGCGCCAACACUUGCCUCAGCCUCCUGCCCGACGCCCCGGGACUGGGACAGGGCGAUCGAGCUGCCAGGGACAACGCGGUCUAGGGAAGGGCCCUGCAACCCCUCCCUCUGGGAGCAGGGGCCGGCUGCCGUGCCUUGGGUGCGCCCUGCGGCUCAGGGCAUGGGGACGGGGAUGCACUGCGGGCAUUAGGGAUCGGGGAGGGGAACCAGAGAAGAAAGGAGCGGGUGGUGCACUGGGCUGGGAAUCAGGACUCUUGGGUUCUGCGCUGCUUUGGGAUGGGAGAGGGGUCUAGUCGGUUGGAGCAGGGGGAUGCUGGGAGCCAGGACUCCUGGGUUCGAUUUUUAGCUCUGCCACUGAUACCUUGUCUGACCUCGAGCCCUAACUGCGUUCUGCCCGUGCCUCAGUUUUUCUCUCUGUUCAAUGGGACUACAGACCCCGACCUUCUUCCGAUCGCACUUGCAUCUGCUGUGUGAGCGCUGCACGAUUGUUUGUCACUUUAAUGCCCUUAUCCAAAUCCCGCCGUCACCCCAGCCCGCCACCUCAUCUCCCCUGCCUUUUGGGAGGCAGCCGCUCCUCAACAGAGAUCGUCAUCCACAGUAUGGACCCACCAACUCAAAGCGGCACCAGACCCUACCAGAACAACAGAUGAAAAACCUGCAGCCGUAUCUCCACCGCUGCAGUGAUCAGCGCCCCCCACAACACAUCGUUCAAGGUCCAUGGGUCCUGCCCAUGCCUAGCACAACAUGUGGUGUAACCUCAGCCAGCGCACUAAACACCCCCAUCACAACCACGUGGGUGAAGCCAGACAGUCCCUGCGCUCGCAAAUGAGCUCUCAAGGGAAAUGACAAAAGACAAAACCACCCCGUCCCCAGUGGGCGAACACUUUCCACAAAGCGAUCGCUCCAUAACUGACCUCUCCUUCCUCCUCCUCAACGGAAACCUGCCCAACACUUUCAAACGAGGAGCCCGGGAGUUUAAAUUCCUAACUAGUGUGAUGUUGCA